AUGGAUGAGCGCAUGGAGGUGAUAUGUUCGGCGGAGGACCAGAUCGACCAAUGUGUUAGUACCAACCCACGAUCGAGAACGUGGGCACGAAGGGUUACCUUGAGAUUGAAGCUCGGAGCGAGUCUUAGUCAGCCGUUCACGUAUCCCACGCAGCUGGGUGUUCGCUUGAUCACGCUCAUCCCGAAGGGACUCCAGUCGUUCCUGAUAUUCGCCACAUUCCUCACGAAGCCGAGCCAGGCGGCGGUUCCCAGCUUCCGCUUGACGUCGAAGCUGUGCCGUGGCGUCCUCUAA